AUUUAUAAAAUUUAUUUAUAUGUUUGCACCAAUUUAAUUAUAUAAGUAAUAGAUAAUGACUUUUUAAUUAUUCAAUAUAUAUUUAUUAUUUUAUAAUAUGUUAUAAGCAUAUAAUAUAUGAAAUAAUUUAUAUAUAUAAUGUUCAUCUCGCGCAAGGCGCAGAUCUUAACCUAGUAUUUAAAAAAGUUGAAACAUGAAUAAGUAAAUUGUUCCGGACGAAAUAGGACCCAACACAAACGCUACUAUAAGAUUAUCGUAAUCACGAAAUCUGGAUAUAUACUAAUAUAAUCGUGCACACAACCAAAUAAUUAAGCUGUCAGUUGACGAAAUGAGUAUGAUCAAUCUCAGUGGCUUAUUAUAUGACUCAUGCAAGUGACCUAGAAUGCACCACAAAAAGUUCAGACUGGACCAGCUUGUUAUCCUAUAUGUAUACACUCCUUUUUAGUUAUCUUGAAUUAGCACGUAGGGCUAUUAAAUUUAACAAAUUUAUCAUGUCGAACUUAUAUGUUCACAUCAUUUUACAUGUUUUACAUAUACACGUAAAGAUAAUUUUAAUAGUUUGCAAAAUCAUAAUUCAUAUAUAAAUAUAGUAAAAUGAAUGUGAAUUGUUGAAAGAACAUACGUACAAAAGGUGUUUCUAACUAAUCAUUAUUUUAGUCCCAGGAGCCAUUAAGAACGAAAAAAAAAAAGCUAGCAACAUCUUAACGAAUUAACAGUAAAAGUAGUGAAGCGUUACGUGUUUCAUGGUUAGCCCGUGGACAUUGAAGGAUUGACCACGUAGAGUUAUAUAAACUACUACUGGUAUUGAAUCUUGAAACAGUGUAUUUUCUUAGGGAAAAAUAUCAUUUAAAUUACCAAUUUUCAAAUUUGGUUGAAAAGAACAUGAAUUAAUUUGAUAUCAGUGGACCAUUUAAUACCUUAACUUAUCUUGACUAGUUAUUUAAAAUUUCAAUUUACUUUAACUAACUCAAUUUUAAGACGUCAUUGUUUUGGUUAACAGUUUGAUUAAACAGGGUUAAUUUCCGUUUAUAAUCUAUGUUAAACUAAAACGACGUCGUUUGUAAAUUAGAAAGAAACCUAGAUCAUUUCUUUCCCAAACCUAAAUUUCUAAUUCUCUAAAAAUUCAGAAACACAUUUUUUUUUCAAAGUUGUGCGAUAAUGUUAUAUUUAGUUCCAGAUAACCGCAAAAUCUUUCUUUUUCAUGAGAUUUUCCCUUCUUUUGAGUUGACCUGAAUAAACAUCGUCGUUUGAGAACUCUCCCUCUGUGUGCAUUAUUUCUGAAUUUUCAGAGGAUGAGGAAUUUAGGUUUGGGGAAAAAAAUGAUUUUUUUUUCUAAUUUACAAACUACGUCAUUUUAGUUUAAUAGAUAUUAUAGACGGAAAUUAACUUCGUUUAAUCGAUCUAUUAAGCAAAAUAAUAGCAUCUUAAAAUUGGCUUAGUCAACAUAAGUUGAUACUUUAAAUAGUCCACGAGAAAAUUCAUUUUUUUUUCUCAACCAAAUUUUAAAAUUGAUGAUUUAAAUGACAUUUUCACUAUUUUCUUAUCUUAUUUUAAAUACCUUGUCGAUAAUAGUACAAACAAAAUCAACAAACUCAAAUUAAUUAUAUAAUACUUCCCCUAUUUUAAAAUAUAUGAAGUUUUAGGAUGGAGCAUAAUUAUGUUUAUUUAUCUAAAAAAUAUCAUUAAAAUAUAAAUUAAAAAUUGUUCAACCAAUCACAAAGCAGAAUACAAAAUAUGAUUGGUUACACAGUUUUUGAUAAAGUUAAAAAAGUAUAUUAAAAUAUGAAAACAUCAUCUAUUUUAAAACAUAAAAAACUUCAUAAAACAUCAUCUAUUUUGAAACGGAGGGAGUAGUAGUAUUAAUAUGCCUUUCUAUCUCAAUAACUUUAACCCAUAUAUUUUGAGACUCCAAUUAACUAAGUAAUAACAGACGUCAGCGUCCACAUUCUUUUUUUAUGUUAAAAAAAAACUAUGAACGAUAAUGGAAUGUGGAGAAGCGUAUAGAGUAAGAAGAGUUCAGGGUCUCAGUCAUUUUCACAGGCUAAAUAUAUGGACCAGCUCAGGCUCCUGUGGAAAAAAAAUCGAUCAAAGUUAGACUUUUAAAAAUAAAAUAACAAUUAAGUUAUAAAAAUAAAUAUUUUCAUGAUUUGUUUUUUUAUCUAAAUAUUUUUCACGAUAAAUUCUUAGAAUUCAUGCAUAUAGAAAUAUAAUGAACAUAAUGAAUAUAAUUAUUUUUUUACUAUAAAUUUUAAGUUACUAUCAAUUGAUGAUAUUUACUCAAAUUAAAUAUCUAUAUUUUAAAAUACACAAUUUAUAAAUAUCAAUAACUAAAUUUUUUAAUUUUUUAAAAAAAUUAUAUAUGUUAGUCAAAAAUAAAUAAUUAUUUUUUUGAAAAUUGAUGAAAUAUUAAAUAAUUAAUGACAUAAACAAACAGAAAAUUUGUUGGUUAGUUACCCACACGGGGUCAGCAUUUACUCUGCUAUGAUUUACUGUUCAAUACAUGUCACUUAUGAGACGGAUUCUUCUCAUAUUCCUUUGACUCGCGCGCGGACAUCAGUCAAAUGCGUCGCGCUCUUGAAUUGAUUAAACAAUGACUAUUUAGUGAAAUAAAUAUUUAAGUUGAUACAAAAAUAUUAAUUAAAAAUAUCUAAGUUGAUUGGAGUAUAACUUUAUUUUCUAGUUAUAGUUAAAACGGCUUAAAAUCCCGUAGUUUAACUAUGUAAAUUUAUUUGAUGGACACCUAUACAUUAGGCAACUUAAUAUUUUUCUCCUCACAGUAUACACUUGUUAUCCUUUACUACUAUUUACGUACUUAUGACAAUGAUAUACAUACUAACGUACGCAUAUGCAUAUGGUACCUACUGUCAUAUGGAUUCGCAUGCGUGAGUGUGUAUGUAUAUACAUAUACACUUAUCUAUAAAAAAUUACAAGUAUGUGUGUUAAUAUAAAUAUAAAGGCAUCGCCACGGUUCAAGUUUGUCUCUUCAUUACUAGCCUGCCUCUCUAACUUUACCUUCUCUUCUUCUUUCUACUCAAUUAAUGGCGAUUUUACCGGAAAACUCUUCACACCUGGAUCUUACUAUCUCCGUACCAGGCUUCUCUUCGUCUCCACCCUCCGAUGAAGGAAGUGGCGGAGGAAGAGAGCAGCUAAAGCUAGACAUGAAUCAAUUGCCGUCUUCGUCUGAAGACGAUGAAGAACUCAGCCACGGUGGCUCUGCUCCUCCCCGCAAGAAACUCCGUCUAACCAGAGAACAGUCUCGUCUUCUUGAAGAUAGUUUCAGACAGAAUCAUACUCUUAAUCCCAAACAGAAGGAAGCACUUGCAAAGCAUUUGAUGCUACGGCCAAGACAAAUUGAAGUUUGGUUCCAAAACCGUAGAGCGAGGAGCAAACUGAAGCAAACUGAGAUAGAAUGUGAGUAUUUUAAAAGGUGGUUUGGUUCGCUAACUGAGCAAAACCAUAGGCUCCAUAGAGAAGUAGAAGAGCUUAGGGCCAUGAACGUGGGACCACCCACGGUGACCUCCGCCUCGAGCCUCAGCAUGUGUCCUCGCUGCGAGCGAAUCACUACUGCAGCCAGCCCCUCGCUGGCGAUUCCUUCCCAGAAAACGCUUCCGCCGCAAGAGAGUGAGCAUUGAUUUAUGUAUUUAGUUAUUUUUGGAUAUGGUUUAGAAGUCAACGAAACUGAUGAUAACAUGAUUUCCUUGUAAAUAUAGUAAUUAGGGAUUCUAUGCGCGCACGGCGAAUCUUUGUAGAUAUUUUACUUAUUUGAUCAAAAAUCCAAUCCACUUACUUUUGUUUGAAGA